AUGAGUGCAACGCCCUCGCCCUCCGGUGGCCCUAACGGCCAGAAACCAACCCCUCCUCCUGGCGCGCCACCGCUGCGAAGGCCACGAAACACUGCGAAUCCCCUCGUUCCUAGAAAAAAGCCCGCAAACCGACCACCUCCUUCGACCCUCGCUAGAGGUUCUACACCAAAUGCUGCACCGCGACCUGUCAGUAAGCCUCAGCAAUUCCAAGCCCAGGGCAAGCCGGGGCAACUGAACUUCGAUGUAUUGCGUACACAGAAUGGCGGGUGGUCUCAGCCUACGCCGCCUGGCGCCCAAGAUUACCCUCUUUAUGUCACAAAGAAGUCUCUGAAGGAAGGAUUACGCUUCCAUGUUAUGCGAUUCGCUCCGCAUGGCGGCAAGCUUGCAAAGCCUGAUGGUCCUGGAGUCGACCCUACUAAUCAGGAUGAGUUUACUCGUCCUGUUACGUUGCACCGACGCGAUCCCAAACAGCCGCCGCCCGGUCGCGAAGUGAAAGAGGAAGUUCCUAUGGAAGAGGACACGGUCGAUACUGCUGAAGCCGAAAGACUUGCGCAGGUGAAAGCAGAGAGGGAAGCACAACGCGCAGCCGAUAAUGCCCAGAAAGCACCGGUUGUUAAGGAUGCAAACCCGAAGGCCAAACAGCAGAAAGAACAGAAAAAGCCUGGCCUACAAAUUCACUACGCACCCCGUACCGAAGAGCAGAAAAAGCAAGCCGAAAUUCGAUACGAGGAGGCGCUGCCGUGGCACUUGGAGGAUGCUGAUGGAAAGAAUGUUUGGGUUGGCCAGUAUGAGGCACCUUUGUCUGACUGCAAAGUUGCUUUCAAGAUUCACAACGGAGGAUUUCGUAUGAUACCUCUGGAAAAAUGGUACAAGUUUCAGUCAAAACGUGGUUCAUUCAAAAUAAUGUCCAUCGAGGAAGCGGAGAAGGCCAUGAACAAGAAGGUCGCUCUUGGUCGUUGGGCGGUAAGAGAUACUCAGCGCCAAGAAGCUGAGAGGGCUAUGGCAGAAUCUCGAGCUAUUGUCAACGGCCGCGUGGCGGUCAAACAAGAAAGCGGUACAUUCAAACAAGCUUCACGCCAGGAGAAGAUGGAUCAUGAUGACAUCGACGUUUCGGGAGACGAAUUCCAGGAUGAUGAUGAGACUGCUGGAUACGAACCUGAGCGAGACGAGGACACUAAGCAUGCUAAUAGUCGAAUCCGCCGUGACCAGCUCAAUGCCAAUCUUUUCGGCGACGCAGACGAGGUCAAGGUCGAAAAAGAAGAAGACGAGGAGAAGAAGGAAGAGCAGGAACGAAAGCUCUUCGGAAAAUCCCUUAAGAAGGCUUUGAAGCGACGUGAUAAACAAUUCCAGUACGACAGCGACUCCUCUAAAGAGAGAGACCCUUUUGCUUCCUCAGACGACGAGUCAGAUUCCGAUUCUGAAAACGAGAAGGAUGAUGAAGAUAAAGAUAAGAAAGCCGAGAAGGAUAAAGAUAAGGAUGCUGGAGUGUCAUCCAAAGGGACCAAUACCCCCCAAGGGAAAAAGGCAGCUGCCGAGGCAGCAAAGAAGGGCAAGUCUCUCAAGCGAGCCGGGUCUCCAUUAGGUUCGGAUUCUAGUGGCACUGAAUCUACCCGGAAGAAGAAGAAGACUACACAUGAUAGUCGCGGAAAUACCCCAUUACCCCGUCGCGGGAAGCCCGGUGCCGGCUCUACUAGCGAUGGUGAAGGCACGGCUGGUGAGAUGUCGGACGGUGCAGGAGGCAAGAAGAAGCGGCUUGGCCCGUCAGCUGCAGGUGGGAAGCACAGCACAAAAGGCACCCCCGCGGGAUCCCGAGCCGGUAGUCCUACUCCGGCCCAAGUAGCUGCCACCAAAGGGUCAUCAGGUGGUACUCGAGCUAGUUCUCCCAGCGCUCUUGCUCAGAGCUCGACACCAGGAGGAAUUGCAGACCCUAUCACUGCCCAGGAGAUUAUCGAUGCCCUACCACCGCUCCCCCAUGGUAUUACUAUCGUCCUACUCCUGAAGAAAUUCCAGGAUCGUUUAGAUAAACCUGGGUUUAUGCAGAGGAAAGACUGGCUUAAGUUGGUGAAAGAGAAUGCCAACUUCAACACAGCCGAGAAACUACUUCGCCGGAAGGCUUAG